AUCUGCCUCGAGAAACGUUUGACAAUAUGCAGUGUUCUAUAUCUGAGCGGUUCAUAUAACUGCAUGUCUAAAAAUUAACAAGGUAAGGCCCCGAAAAUUCCCGUUAUCGACCAAUUAUCACCCCACUCUUGUCUAUAGAUUCUCCGCAUCCACACGACAGUCGUUUGUUUUAUUGGUCUCAUCAAUGUCUCAGCAAAAGUCGACCAGUUGACACGUGGAUUUGAUACCGUUUAGAAUAGAUUAAAAAAAAUGGACUACUUUUUGCGGGUUCUGAUCAUAGCUGGUGCUCUGGGUGGAAUCGUGUGCUCAGAUUUGGAAAGUGAAAGUGCCCUUAAUUUAACAACAUCCGGUGUUCGUGAGGGAAAAGGUUUUCCGUUCUAUUCGAUCGGACGAAUUGCGAAUCGGGUUUGUACGGGAACUAACGGACUUCUGGGAACUUGCCAAAUUCGUGGUGAAUGUGUCUCAAACGGAGGAAUCGGUUCCGGGCCGUGCAGCACUAUGACCGUUCAGGCCGUGUGUUGCGUUUUUAUUAGCACAUGUGGUGGAUCUGGAUCGAAUAAUGUGACCUAUUUUCAAAACUCGGGCUACCCCAACCCGUACAAUGGAGGUGGAACGUGCACGUAUACUGUCAUUCCACCGGACAGCACAGUUUGCCAGUUGAGGGUCGACUUCAGCGCAUUCACGCUCUCGCAACCGAACGGAGAUGGACUGUGUACGGUUGAUAACAUCCAAAUAUCAGGCGGCAGUUCUCGGGUUCCCAUAAUCUGCGGCGAUAACAACGGACAGCACGUGUACGUCAAUUUCAACGGACAGAACUCGAUCACUAUCACAGUAUCGACCACUGCCGCAACAUCGUUCAACCGGGUAUGGAAUAUGCAGCUAAGCAUGAUAUCCUGCACCAGUACGUAUGCAGCUCCCGCAGGGUGUCUUCAGUAUUAUUUGGAUAGCGCAGGCAAUAUUCAAAGCUUUAACUAUGGAUCAUCGGCGAAUUCGGCAUUCAAUGCCUUGGGGAUGGUUGGUACUCGACAGAUGUCCAACCAAAACUAUGGGAUUUGCGUGCGGGCAGGAGCAGAUCAAUGCUCAAUUUCGUAUAACAUGGCAUCAGGGGAUCUCUUUGCGUUCACAUUAACGGGCGACGUGUUGGCGCUUACUGCGGCAAUGCUAGGGACUGCUGACGUCGCUAUGGUCGGGGCUGACUGCACGACGGAUUACUUAAUCAUUCCCAAUCCAUCGGGUGUAACGACCGACAGGUUUUGUGGUAUGGCAUUAGUACCGGUUACAAGUACGCCUCCGUUUGUUUUGUACUACAUUACUGAUGCAGCGGAUGGAAAUGAUGCUGCAAAUCGAGGCUUUAGUUUGCAGUACUCUCAAAAUUCUUGCCCCAUUUCUGCAAAGAAAUAGAGUUUUAUUAUGCUUUGAUCGAAGCUGUUC